GUAGCGCUGCUGCCUUUAAUGACAGUGAGGACAAAAUGAGUACGUUCAAUACAUCUGAACUGUCAAAUAUUAAUACAACUGACGAUGAAGAUGACGACACUACAGGUAGCAAUGAACUAAUCAGAGCCCUUCAGUCCUUACACUCGAAUGAUUCAAUUGAAACAACUGAUCCAGAUGAUUUAGAAGAAGAAACAGAGAUGCGAGACUCUUCUGUUCAGGUAUCAGAAGAAGAUAUAGUUGCAAGUUGGUUGAGAACACGUGCGUUAAUUUCUGAAAAUCCACUUCCUGAAGUUGAUCAACUGGAACUAAACAACAGGUAUUUUCCUUUCCGUGUUUACAGCGAAGAAAAUAUACGUUUUCACGAAUUAGAGCGAGACACUGAAGAAAUGAGUGAGAAAUUAGAAAGCGUGAGUCUUCCAGAUGACUAUAGAGCAGAUUUCGAUUAUCAACAGUAUCCCUUUUUCGAGACGGGUUAUAGUCAGACGCAUUACAUACAUAGUCAGCAAUAUUCCACAGAAGGAGAAUAUGGUUUUUCUGAUCGUAGUAAUGUUCUAGCUUUGAAAUUGAAACGGCUGACCGAAUUGAGGGAGCAAUCUCAACAAAUACGAAAGAAAAUCAUCGCUUCAGAUUCUCUGGGAGGAAACCAAGAAAGGAGGUCCACAAUGCCAGGAGGAAUAUCUCGACCAUCAUUAGGUUAUCUUUCCUCCCAGAAUCGUACUCCAAGUGAUGAUGAUGUUGUCAGUGAGGAUGCUUUAAGUAUAAAAAGUGAGCCAGCAGAACUUAACGUGAAUGUUAAUCCUAUGAUUGGGCUGCGUCUGGAAGCAUUCUACCAAGAAUUGCAUCGUAUGUAUCCAACUCCACGACUUGCCUCUUCUUUUGUAGUUCCAUCAAGAGUUUCAAAAAACGAUGAGCGGCUACUAGAAUCAUCUUCCAUGGAUUGCGAAGAAGUAUUACAAAGAGGAGAUAAAAAUCAGUUCAUUCAUACAGAUACUUCUUUAGAUGUCGAACGCCCUGGUGUUAUUUGUAAAAGGCAUUUUAUUAGGACGUUACGUCACCCAGACGGGGUCUCAAACGAACAGCUCAAUAAACAGUUUUUACAUGAUGAAAUUAUAAGCUCUCAUAAAGACUCGACGGCUAGUUUUCACAGAAGAACCGGAAGUAUGGACAGCCGUGAAUAUGAAAAUAGAAAGUUUUCUUCGCACAGCCAUACAACUUGUGAUGAUGAAUACAGACUUGAAAAGUGCAGUUCCUUUCAACAUCCCGUCCUUACCACACCUUCCAUAUCGUUCACCGCUCUUCCUAGAGAUAAUUCUAACAGUCCAUCACUUGAUGACCACAGAACACUCUCUCAUCAACAGUUAUCAUCUAAAGAUCAUUCUAACGUUGAUUUAGUUUCAAUGAACCAUCCAUUCUACGAAACUAAAGCCUUUUCUGCAAACUUUGAGAGAGUUCCUGGAGCAUUGGCUAAUUAUUUGUCCCAUAGUUCUUCCAAGAAACUUGACCAACAGUCAAUUACAGGACAGUCAGGAGGUAAGAGAAUACCUCUAAAACCAGACAAACACUGGAAGUUGUUAGGUCGGACUGGAGGGUUUUUAAAGAAAAAUCAUAUUCCACGUAGCAUCUCUUCCACAAACGAGGAUUAUUACAAAACUAUGUCUAGUAGCCAAAGAAAGUUAAGUCUGCAAAAUUCAGAGCAGUCGACAGAAACAGAUGCUAUUUCAAUGACUCUUCCAUCUCCGUACUCUAAAAUCACCAAAGCUAAAAAAGCUCACUGUUCGAGUGAUUACAGUGGCAGUUGUGAACUUGUCUCUGCCUGUAUUGAAAGAAGAGAGCCUAAGCUCAGUGCUGAGACUCAUUGUUCGGGGAAUAGUAGUGGGUACGAAAGCAUGCUUCGUGACAGUGAGGGUACGUCGUGCAGUCGAGACUCGGAAAGCGAAGGACCUGGAGUACGAAGAGGCAACGAACAGAAAGAUUCGAAAAGGAAAAUUUUAGGGUCGUUUCACAGAAGUCGUUCUGCUCCUGCGCGCACUGCAGUGGCCAACGGUGGCGGCCGUUCACAAAGUCCUUCACCGGUAAGCAGCCAACCUCGUCCAAUCAGAGAUCGGUCUCACCGCCAGAGUCGAAGUAGUAAAAGUGGCGACGAAGAAGUCUCCUGUACUGGAUUUUUUUGCUGUAGAAUGAUGGAUCUUUAUUGACCUUAAAAGAAGUAAUGAUGCUUAUUGUAAAUGCUGAUACUUUAUGUUUCCAUGUGCUGUACCCACAAACCACCUUACUUUUAAACAAAAAAAAACUUUGCAUGCCCCCACCUGAAAAAAAAGGGGGGGGACUGUUAAUAAUUUGAAAACCUGCAAUAUGUUAUCUAGCUUGUAAUUAGGAGCGUUGGAAAAUUUUUUCUAGAUACAAUAAAUAUGACUCAUUAUGCUAAAGACACCAAUAGAGGACUCUAAAAUCAAGUCUCCGGUAAAAGGUAAAGUACUUUUAAAUUUAAUAAUUCUGGCCUCGUCGGUGUCAUUAGUUUUAUGCCUAUUUUACAUGAAAUGCAUUUUUAAUUUAAUAUAGAAGCAGGUUUAAUAUUCUGAAGUAUAUUGAUCUCCAUAGUUCUGGUGAUUUUAAUGUAAUAUGCAUGCGUUAUAAUUGUUUUAACCCUCAUCAGCGUUCGUUUUAAAGGCAGAAAAUGAAUGCAAACCUUGGGUCUAAUGCACAACAAUUCUAUUCUGUUUUGCAACUCAUAUUCUAUUAAGAAAGUAGUUAUUUACAUGAAAUAUUUGGUUGUUUAAAUGCCAAGAAUAUUUGUAAAGACUUUUUUCUUUUGUCUGCCAUGUGUAUGGCUUAAGCAGCACCUAUGAUCGUAAGUUUGCAUCCAACUACAGUUCAGGUAAAUUUAUCGAAAAAUAUAUUACAAUGAGCAAAGAAAAAGAAGGUAAUUAGUUAAACCUGAAUACCCUUAUAGCAGGUACUAAAUCCCUGACUUAAUCAAGAUUAGUUUACAUAACGUUAUAUGGUAAGAAUUUCAUCUUACCUGGAGAAUAAAGAGAUAUCGAAUCUUCUCACACCCCAAACCAUGAGUUGUUUUCUUUCUGUUGGACCAACUAGUGCAAAGUUAAAUCGAACGUAAAGACAGUAAUUUUUUUUUUUACCAAUGGCAUCAAUAUUUAAAACCCUUCAAUAAUGCAAAUACUAUAUCCCUUAUUACUGGACGCGGUCAACAUA